AUGCCCGCAGUGCCGCCAAAAAAGGCAUCUGUCAUCCUCAGGCUCUUGGACGCCACCGACAAAGAGCUCCACGCGAUAAAGCUCGAAGUCGCCCCGUCGAAACUCGCGACGCCGCUACAAACCUACGUCGAACGCUUCGCGCGCCACUACAACCGGCGGUGCGCGCCGGAGGACCGCGUCGACGCGGCGGCGCUCGCGGCCGCGGACGCGGAGGGCGAGCUAGACGCCGCCGUGCCGGUCGGGAACUUGGUGGACGCGCAGAAGACGCUGCGCGUCGUCCUACGGAAAGCCGUCGUGGAAGAAGCCGCGCCGGCAGAGGACGCGACGGCCGGCGACGAGGCAAUAGCCUCGCUCAACUUCGAGCCGAGCGCGACGUUUACUGGAUCAAGACCAGGGAAGGCCUUCAAGCGGGGCUACCUGGGCCAGGGCUACUACACAGACGUAACACAAAGUGACGACGCCUUCGAGGCGAGCGCCACAUACACUGGCCCAAGGCCCGGCCGCGUCUUCACGACACGUAGAUCAGGUACCGGAUACUACCUGGAUACGCCUCCGCUAGAUCAUGGCGGCGCGUUAGUUGUGAGGCAGUUCGAACCGCCGCCACCAAAUGGGCGCGUGUACUCCAAAAACGAAUUCGACGUGCUGCGCGAGACGGCGCCGCCAGAAACAACGCUGUGCCUGUUCUUCGAAGAUGGGGAAGAAACAGAAAAACUGAGGGACGCCUUCGGGGCCAUGGCGUUGCGGUUCUGGCCCCGGGCGAUCUUGCUGAGGGCGGGCCUGCGCACGGAUCUGGCGAAGGCCUGUGAUGUUUCUGCAACGGCCUUCGUCUUCUUUCGGGGAGGCAAGGCCGUCGACAAGUGCAGCGACGAGAUGGCUUUGCAGGUCAAGCUCGCGAAGGCCUCAAGCUUGUGCGGCGGAGGACGAGAUUGACGCCCUACCGCGCUUACAGGAAUUGUUCGACCGACGGGAAUUCGGCAUUGGUCCUUGUCCUCGAUAGCUACGACGAGGCCGAGGAGCCGUACGAGGACGCGUUCUCGCAGGACAUGGCCGCUGAUUUGUAUGGCGCGACGCAGGUCAGUAAUUUGUGUGAAGUAUACUUCUCAACUUACUCUGUCCUAGCGCGACGGAUGGGUCACGAGACGCAGUCCGCCCCGCCGACGCAGUCCGCCCCGCCCCCCUUCGCCGAACCGCACCGUGCACAGAACGCGCCCCACUUCGACUUGUAAGUCGGCUGGUCGUGCUCGACGCACUCCCCCAGGUCCGCGUCCCAAAUGUACCUCGGGUGCGCGCCCUUGCCGUCCGGCGCGUGCCAGAAGCGGCAGGGUGCCUUCUUGUUGUUUUUGGUGAUGCAUCGCUCCCCGGCCAGCUCCCUCGGACAUCGCUUGUCGUAGUCCAGGCCCCCUCCGUACUUCGCCUUCGUCGAGUUUUCGAUCCGCUGUUUCUCCGCGGCCUUCUUCUCUUUUUUAACACGAACACCGGCGCGGCCGCGCUCAGAACCGUGUUCGCUAGGAAGCGCGUCCUCCACCGUCGCCGGCGACGGGUCCAUGUAAUCCGUGUGGUAGGUGGCACCCUCGUUCUCGACGAUGCGCUUCUCCGUCGGGGCCGCCGUCGUGGUCUGAUGCCGCGACGCGCGCUCCGCACCUUCAUACCGAGCGACAAAGCUCGGCCGCGUCGCUUCCAGGGGGCACGGCGUCGCCGGCGCGAAGCAUGCGAGGAGCGGGGCGUCAACGCCAAACGCCGACGUCGCACACGUGUCCGACGCGGCCCAGGACAGCGGGGGCGGGCGCUGCUUGUUCCACGAACCCUCGUCUAUCACUAACCCGCCGCCGCCGCCGCGAAUCUCGCGCAGCAACUUCUUCGCGACGUCCGUCUUCUCGAACUCGGCCUGCGCCUUGAUAUCCUCGUCCUCCGCGGCGGCGAGGGCCGCUAUGGCGCGGUCGCGCGUGUACAUCCAGUGCGGGGGCGUCGUGCCCUCCGACUCGCACCGCGACACUAAUGCCAGCCCCUCCUCGUAGCCGCCGCACCUCGUACAGUGUCCGCUGGUCGGGUGGCGCGUCGUCCACGCCGCGCCGCACUCGCACUUGAACUUCCCGUUCUCCACCACUAUAUUCCCGUCGGCGUCGCGCACGACGCAGUCGUACAGCGCGUACCCACCACCAAAAAGGACGUGGAUGUCCGCGGGGCACUCGUCGCGUAGGCGGCACGCCUCGCGCCGCUGAUGAUCCGGGCACACGACGAAGGGCGUGUAGCCGGUGCCUCGUCGGACGAACGGCACGCAGGCGCCGGGCGCCGCGUCGAGGUCGUCUUCGUCGUCGUCGAAGCGCGCCGAGAAGCGCGCCGGCGCCGGCGCCGGCGCCGCUUCAGCGCCGUGGCGGUUGACCGGCAGCAGCGCGCGCGCGGAGGCGCCGUCGCCACCGUGGAGGCGCGCCACGACGGCGGCGAGCUCGGGCGCCGCGGUGGGCGCGAGCCGCGGCGCGAGCGGGUCCGCGGGCGCCGCGGCGACCGCGUCGUAGCGCGGCCGCUUGACGUCGACGAUGGCCGAGCGGUCGCGCAUCCAGCCCUUGAUCGUGUCGGUGUCGAGCGCCGCGGCCGCGUCGGCGAGGUCGACCGCGCGGCGCGGCCGGCGGCGCUUCGGGCGCGGCGCCGCGUCGGGUGGCGCCGCGGCCGGCGGCGCCGCGUCGACGGCUGUCGGCCGCGGCACCGGCGCGGCGUCGGCGGGCGCCGCCGGCGCCGUCAUCGCGCCGCGCUCAUCGCGCCGCUUCGCGAGGAGCGGCUUGGCGGGCGGCGCCGGAUCGGCGCCGUCGACGCCGUCGUUCUUGUCCGUCGACGUGCGCGCGCGCUUCGCGACGGGCGCGGCGUCCUCGUCUCCAGAGCUGUCGCCGCGCAGGUCAAUUACCUCGGCCAUACGGCUGCGUUCGACAGCGCGCGCGCUCUGGCUUGAAGAUAUAAGAUCAGGUACGCUGCGCUGAGGGCCUUUGCCUCAGUUCCUUCGCGUGCGCGUCCGCAAUCUCACUCGCGCCGCACUGCUCCAGGACAAACUGAUUCGUAGUUUGAUUACCGCCCACGAACGCGUCGAAUCACCGCUGCAGACGUCUGCUGCAGCCUCCCUUCGACGGUGAACGCAGUCUUGCGGGCCAUCUUGUUUGUCGUUGGCAACAAGGCCAAAAUUGAGUGCAAAAAGCCUGUCGCGCAAUUGCGCCGCAGCGCCGCUGCACCAGCCCUAGCCACAGCGCGUAGCUGUGCACACUCACUGCCAGCACUCAAAAGCCAAAAAAGCUAGACCGCUUACAACGAUGUCGCGCCAUGUGCUCGCUUUGGUCCAGGACGAGCAAACGCAGCUGCGCCCGUGCGACGACAGCAGAUACAAGAUGGGCGCCAGCGUCGCGCAAGUGCUCAAGCGGACGAAGCUGUCCGCCGCCGUCGUCGGCGCGGCCUGCGCGAAGUACCUCCUGUUGAUCGCGACGAACGCCUACCUCGUCGCGUUGCGCGCGCGCGGCACGCUGGCGGGCGGCGCCGGGGCGCGGACCUUAUCUAUUCUGGCCGCCGCCGGCCAGGGCCACUCGGACCGCGUCUACCGCACGGACGCGCCGUACUUCGCCGAGGCCAGCGAGGUCUGCGCUGCGAGAGCGGAGCUCGAACGCGUGUCGGGCGGCCGCGUGCUCGAGGCGUGCACCCUCUACUUGUACGCCGACGACUGCUGCGACGAGGCGGAGCGCCAGCGCAUCCUCGGCGCGUUCCAGCUGCUGGCGCGCUGCGCCUUCGCCCUCCUCAACCGCCUCGAGCGGCAGCUGCAGGUGCCGCUGAGCCGCCUCGACGUCGAGCGCCUCCUCGCGAUCAUGAAGCGCGAGAUCAUCGUCUCGCGCCGCGACAUCAUGCCGAAGGCGUUCGAGGCGGGCGGCCCGAAGAAGCCGCUCCUCGUCGUCUGCAUGGCGACGGCGGUCGACGCGCUCACGGGCCAGGGCCAGGCGUCGCUGCCCGUCCUCCUCGCGUGGAUCGCGAUGACGACGCCGGAGGAGAUCUGCAGCACCUCCCCACGGCGGUUCCUCGACUCGGACUUCCACAAGGCGCUCCUCGCCUGCCUCGCCUUCCACUUCGGCUUCGCGCUGCCCACGGACCGGCGCGCGCUCGACAUCGCACGCGCGCAGUACGGCGUCUCCAAGAAGCUGCACGCCGCGACGGAGCGCUACUGGGGCUUCGACGACGACGACGGCUGCUUCGAGGUCUACUACAGCAUGCUGAAGACGUCCAUCCCGAACGUCCCCGAGCCCAUCGCCACGCAGCUCCUCUCCGACGCGCACACGAAGGGCCCGCACCGGCUCCUCGACCUCGACUCACCCGCGACCGUCAAGCUCAUCGGCGAAGCCUACAACCAGGGGUCCCCGUGCGACGCCGUCGAGGUGGCCCACUUCCUGCAGGACCGGACCUCGUACCAGACCCCCAAGGUCAAAGUCUAAGUGACUUGUAUGAAUUAGCCUACCAGAAGUACAUCCGCACUGGAUCUCCGCGUCGCCCCAAGCCAGUCCAUCGAGGCGACGGCGGGAGGGCCACGUCAAGCGGCACCGCCGCGUCGUCGUCUUUUUGUCCGCGAGGGCACCUCUAUACCGGGUGCGCGAACUGCGCCACGACGGCAAUGAGCGCGAACAGCGCGAUCCCGGGCGCGAGCACCGUCAGACCGAGCUCCGCGUCGACGCGUGUUGUUAAAAGGAGGGAGGCGUGGGGCGCGGGCCUGCUCGCGCGCGACUGA